AUGAUCACGAUCGACCAGGUUGUCGCAGCGGCUCCGCCGGACGUGCGCGAGACGCUCGACGACGGCACCGUCUCAUACCUCGGCACAGUGAUCGAGGGCAAGACGGACCCCGACGACGUCCGAAAAGCCCUCGCUCCGUUCUUGGGCAUGGGUCCAGCCGAUCUGGACCGCAUGUUUGCGAAGCUCUCGCUCGGCUCCGCUCCGACCGCCAGCGCGGCGCCCGACCCCUCCUCUCUUCUGGCUGAGGUUGAGACCCGGCCAUCGACACCUUCAAAGAAGGACAAGAAGAAGCGCACACCGGCUGCACCGACGGGUCCCAGCAUCAUGGCCUACAGCCAACAGAGCCGAUUUCAUUCCGCUACCCUCUCGACGCUCUCGACCGAGAUCGACCUGCGCGGCGUAAACGUGACUGUUGACGAGGCCGAGUUACUCGUUGAUGCUCGUCUUUGGCUCAAGAGCGGAACACAUUACGGCCUUGUCGGGCGGAACGGCACAGGCAAAUCAACGCUGCUCUCCGUUAUCGGUGACCACUCGCUCAUCGGCUUUCCCGAGAAUAUUCGUACGCUGUACGUGCAGCAGCUCGACGUCGUGGAGUCGGACGAGAGCGUGCUCUCUGCCGUUCUGAGCUCAGACGAGGAAGUCACCAAGCGUGUCCGUGAUACGGAGCGCAUCGAGGCUGCCGUUACCUCGGCCGAUGAUGGCAAGAUCAUUGACGCGAUCACAACGUACAUUGAGCGUAUCGCCAACGAGCGCAUCCUCGCGGCUCAGAAGAUCGCUACUCUCCGCUCCGGAGCAAGGGGGAAGAAGGCGCGCGGUGUUGCUCUGAAGGCCGAGCAGACCAUGCUCGCCUCGGUUCGCGAGGAGGUUUAUGGGACCUCUGCGGAGAGCGAGGCGCAGGUCGCUGCUCGUGUACUGGCGACUCUGUACGACGAGCUGAGCAAGAUGGACGCCGAUAGUGCCGAGGCUCGUGCGAGAGCUAUCCUUGCCGGACUCGACAUCGACGAGGAGACGGCUGACGGACCCGUCUCCGCCCUCUCUGGUGGAUGGCGUAUGCGUGUAGCGCUAGCCAAGGCGAUGUUUGUCCGCCCCGACCUGCUGCUCCUGGACGAGUGCACGAACCACUUGGAUCUCGCCGCCAUCGCAUGGCUGCAAGAGUACCUCUCCACCCUGGACGUCACAAUUGUGUGCGUCUCGCACGACCGGGAUUUCCUGAACGGCGUUUCGCAGGAGAUCAUCCGGCUCAGCGACAAGACGCUCUCGUACCAUCCCGGAAACUACGACGAGUACGAGCAGAACGAGGAGGAGCUAGCCAAGAAGAAGCAGCGCCAGCACGAGGCACUGCAGCGGCGCAGGGAGCAUGUGCAGAAGUCGAUCGAGCGCUUCAUGAAGCACGCCCGGUCGUCCAACGACGACAAGGUGCUUGGCCAGGUCGCUUCGCGGCAGAAGAAACUCGAACGCAUGACUGGCAUGGAGAAGACGGAGGACGGGAAACGGUUCAAGGUUUCGUACUGGGCGGGAUAUCAUGACACCAUGCGCCCCGAGAUCGAGCUAAAGAAGGCCGAGGCGAGCGUCGACCUCAAGAUCCCGACUCCCGAGACGCUGCGCGGCAGUGGGCCCUUGAUCUCGUUGUCGAGCGUGAGCUUCAGCUACCCCGGGCGCAAGCGACGCGUCAUCAAAAGCGUCAGCCUCAGUAUCAUGCCCGGCGACCACAUUGCCCUCCUCGGUCUGAACGGAUGCGGCAAGUCGACGCUAGUGCAACUGCUUAGCGGCGGUCUGGCCCCGACGCACGGCAAUAUCACGCGGCACCCGGGCCUCCGUAUCGGCCACUACACGCAGCACUUCGUCGACGAGCUGAGCUCCGUGAAGUACUCGGCCCUCGACAUCCUGCGCACCAAGGCCGAGAAGGAGGUGGCCGAGGCGAUCUCCAAGGGCCGGGAAGCGACUGCGCCCAAGGAGGGCGAUCUGCGCAAGUGGCUUGGCGGGUUCGGGGUCUCUGGUCAGCUUGCGAUCCGGCCCGUCAACACCAUGAGUGGAGGGCAGAGGGCGAGGCUGGCUAUGGCCCUCAUGCUGUGGGAACGGCCACACAUCCUCCUUCUCGAUGAGAUCACGAAUCACCUCGACAUGUACGCUGUCCAGGGCCUUGUUGCCGCCCUUAACGACUAUGAGGGCACUGUCGUCCUCGUGACCCACGACCGUCACUUUGUCCGCGAGACGGCUGAUGACGUUUACGUCCUUGAGGAGGGGCGUCUCAGGCUGCUCGAGGAGGGCAUCGACGAGUAUGUCGCCCAGUUCACUGAGUGA